AUGGGUUCGAAAAUAUCGGUACAAAAAUACCAACAUCAACAUCAACAACAUCAACAACAACAACAACAACAACAACAACAGCAACAGCAAUAUUCAUCUACACAUGAACAAAACUCUUAUUCAACAAGCAGUCGACCUUGUCGAAAACGUGAUCAUCAACUAAAGGUUGUUAGUAAUGAUACGCUACUUGCUUCUGGUGUAGAAAUAUCAAAUUUUCAUAGACAUCAUCAAUUAACAUCUUUAUCUUGUGAUGAUAAAUCUGAUCAACAAGAAGAAGUCAUUGAAUUACCAUUAACUAAUAAACUUGGAAGAAAAAAACCUUCUACUCAUUCAAAUACACAAAAAAAACAACUUUCUUUACGAAAAAGUCGAUCAACUGAUAAUUUAUUAUAUUCAACAACUGUUAUUACAGCUGAACAAUUAUUAAAUAGUCAUGCAAAACGAAAACAACAAAAUCAAUCACCAAUUUCUCAAAUAUCUACACAAUCAUCUCAAAAUCAAAAUCAAAAUCAAAAUCAAAAUCAAAAUCAUAUUAUUGAAAAAUCAUCAUCGACAAAUAAUGUUCAUCAAAUAUUUCCUUUAAAAUCAACAAGAAAAAAAAUUUCACCAAAUCUUCAACUUGUUUUGAUUGAAUCACAUGAAUUUCAAAAUGUUCGUGAAAUAGGCAAAGGUAAUUUUGGUAUUGUUUAUCAUGCAUUAUACAAAGGUACACGUGAUGUUGCAUUAAAAACUUUAUAUAGUCCAGAUGAAAAAACAUCAGAAUAUUCUGUUGAAACUUAUGAUGAAAAUAUGCAAGAAUUACUUUAUGAAGCACAUAGAAUGACACAAUUAAAACAUCCAAAUCUUUUACGUAUACUUGGUGUUACUUUUUUUGGAGAUAAACAACAAUUAAGUUUAGUUACAGAUUUUAUGAAAAAUGGUUCUUUAUUAAAUUAUUUGAGAAAACGUCGAGAAAUUUUUUUAAAAUCAGAUUCUCAAACUAUAACAAAAAAAUUAAAUAAAUUUGGAAGACAAAUAUUUGAAGCUAUGUUAUAUUUAGAAGAACGAAAUAUUAUUCAUAGAGAUUUAGCAGCAAGAAAUUGUUUAAUUGGACAAGAAGAUAAACUUAAAGUUGGAGAUUUUGGUUUAACUACAUUGACUGAAUGUGGAUUGUACAAAGGUACUGGUCGUUCCGUAUGUGCUCCACGUUGGACGUCACCUGAAGGAUUAUUUUCAUCGAAAUAUUCUUCUCGUUCAGAUGUCUGGAGUUAUGGUAUAACUCUUUGGGAAAUCUAUACGUUGGGUGAAAGACCAUUUGGAAGUAUCAACAAUUUUGCUGUUCAUAUUCUUUUAAAAAAUGCUUCAGAAAAUCUUAGUCGUUUUCUUCCACAACCAGAACACUUUGGAUCCAAUGAAAUAUAUACGCACAUUAUUCUUCCUUGUUUAACAUAUAAUGUUGCAAUGCGACCACGUUUUCGUGACUUAAGAGAACGUCUAAUCACUAUUCUUACAGACGGUGAAUAA